AUGCUGUAUCUCGAACGUUCAUUCGAAUUAGACUACUUCACGAAAAAUGUAGUGAAUUCCCUCUCAGGGGCUGGUCUUCUCUACCGAUCUUUUGGGAGCUCAAUUGCCACUUUGAGCCGCGAGAGCCCGGGAUGCUCGGACGAAAAUGAUGGGGCGUCGAGCUGGUCCCGGUCUGCAAGACAGAUCAGGGAUCGAGCAAUGAAUUCUAUCCGAGGAAAGUUACAAUCUAAAGAUAUAAACGACUUUCUGAGCAAACAGACAAGCGAUGUACCAACCCUCAGCAACAUGGCUGAGGAGAUUGUUUCGAAAAUCAUGAAGCAACUUUCGCCCUUAUCGCUCUGGUCAUUCCGCCAGGCAUCACCGGUCUAUUUCAGAAUCUUUGACUCGAAGGACUUCAAUGAGUACCAAGUUGAGCUCGGGCCCAGGGACCGGCGACCGUGCUUUCACGUGGACAAGCUCUCAUUUGGGGAACGUGCCGAGUCUUCCGAACAGCUGAGGCGCGAUCAAACAGGAGGCGUUGAGGACCAACUUCAGGUUCCCAUGUAUUGCGAAUCGUGUGUUGAGGUAAACAACCGAGGGGAUGGGGACCCACGACUCGUCAGUCUGCGGAAGCUUCGAUUCUGCGAAGCUUGCAAAGAGAACCAUGCAGGUGUUUUCUGUCCCGCCCAAGAUCUCGAAGCCUACGAUGCCGGAGCAGGGAAGCUCAACUGCCUCGGAACAACUGGCAGCUGGCAUAUAUGCGGCCAUGGAGGCACAGCACCGGUGAUGUGGCACACAGUUGCACGCCAAAUGGCAAGCGAGGCAGGCAAGAAUACGGGGCAAUUCUGCAAACACCGAGCACACCAAUACAUCCAGCCCAAGAACAAUCCACCAGGGUAUGAUUGUGUGGUAUCUGCUAACCCACGGCUUCACAUGUCACGUGGCCACCCCAUGGGAGUUGAAUUAACAUUCGGUUGGGAUCUUGCCCUUUUCGAUAUUGAUGCCAAGAGCAUACCCUCGUUGGUGCAGGUCCGCAACGCUGUUUUGGCUGCCCUAGAUGGCAAUCUACUUGACAAUCUUACAUGCUGCCAACACGUGCUGCGACAGCGAAAACUACACAAGUUUGCGCGUCACGGCAUUUGUGGCUGUUUCGUCAUACCAGGCAAUACAAACUGCCCUGGUGAAAAGUAUGGGUCCAGAGACUUUCGAUGCGAUUGCAAGCGGAUGCAAGUAUUAGAUUGCGAAACGUGCAGUGGUGCAUUCGCUUGGCAGCUCAUCUCGGGGAGACUCUUCUUGAGCUACAGAUAUCAUUGGGAAAUCAGGAGACCAACAAGCCCGCCAUGGAUGGCUUUGCUCGAUGAUUUAUCCGAGGAGAUAUACACAAAGCACAAUAAACACCUCUUGUGGUGCGAUCAGCCAGGGUGUGCUAACGUCAAUCGGACCCGGUGGAUGGAUCUCAUCAAAGAGGAGGCGUGUUUGCAAUACUUGAGAUUCACAAAAGGAAAGAAAGACAAGGAAACGAGGGAGAUUGAGGAGGACUACAGGACAAUGAAGCUCAGGAAUAUAGGUUGUGAGGGUUGCUACAAGAUGCCGCCCACGAGGAAUCCAGCUGGCUGCGAUAUUGGAGUAGAGGAAUCGUGA